AUGGAUCACAAUGAUUCCGAAGAGGACCCAACAUCGGAUUACGGAGAUUCUAUAGCAACCUCCGAAUUCACAUCAGUCAACACGAGGGAACUUUACUCAUACGAACACGGAAGACGUUAUCAAGGCUUUCUACGUGGUCGCUACGGCCUGCCGAAUGACGAUGCCGAGCAAGUUCGUGAAGGCUUAAAGCACAAGCUGUAUUUGGACUAUCUUAUGGAUGGCGAGCUGUUCCUUGCUCCGAUUGGUGAUAACCCACAGAAGAUUGUCGACCUUGGUACUGGUGUUGGUAUGUGGGCACAAGAUGUCGCGGAGAACUUCCCCAGUGCACGUGUUAUAGGAACAGACCUCUCGCCAAUCCAACCACAUUGGACUCCUCCGAAUGUCGAAUUUCGCGUGGAAGAUCUUGAGGACGAAAACCGCCCUUGGACGAGCAUCUAUGCAGAUGCAGAUUUGAUCCAUGUCCGAGCUUUGCUACAAACACUGCGUAAACCAAGGCAACUAUUAGAAAGGGCUUUUGAAAAGCUGAAACCAGGUGCUUGGAUCGAGAUACAUGAGAUUGUCCCUUUCGUGUUUUCUGACGACGACACCGCUGGGUAUGAUCACCCUAUGAACAAAUUCUACCGACUAGUCGAGGGCCCAUUCACUGAAUUAUAUGGCUGGAAUUUACGCUUUCCUUUCCAGAUCGUUCAAACGGUCGCUGAUGUCGGCUUCAUCAAUGUCAACGAGCGACACUCAUUCACACCUGUAGGCCGAUGGCAUCAGGAGGCAAAAAUGAGAGAGAUGGGAAUAUUCACACAAAAUAUUCUUGAAGACUGGGCUACGGCCAUGCUUGAUCGCCCAAGCAUUAUGGGGCUUACAGAGGAGGAGGCACAUGAGCUUUGGCAUAGCAUUUUCGAAACUUUUAACAAUACGCGCAUCCACGCACAGCUCGAUUGGAUCGAUUGCUGGGCGCAGAAGCCACUCUGA